AUGCCGGAGCCCGUUAUUGGAACCUUAUUUUUUGACCUCCGUCCUGCCCACAGCCGGGCCCUGCCUGGCCCCAGCUGCUUCCCUACCGCAACGCCAUUGCCUCCCGCCGACCUCAGAUCCAUGCAAGGUUGUUGGCAUCUGAUCCCUCAACUGGUCGUCAUCCAAUCCCUCUCAACUGGUCAUCAUCUGAUCCCUCUCGACUGCUUGCCAUCCGAUCCCUCUCAACUGCUUGCCAUCCAAUCCCGCUCAACUGCUCGCCAUCCGAUCCCGCUCAACUGCUCGCCAUCCGAUCCUGCUCAACUGCUCGCCAUCCAAUCCCUGCUCCUAUUUGCUUCAGCCCUUUGUUAA